AAAUUUACUUCGAUUCUUUCUCCUUUUUUUUUUUUUUUAUUUAUUUAUUUUUCCCUUCUCCAUUUAAUUUUCCACCACUCAUUCCUUAAAACCCUCAGCCUCGUGUCCUUUUUUUUAAAGAUUCUUUCUUUCUCUCUCUCCAUAUCAAAACCUCCCCCUAUAUUGCUCCAUUCCGAUCCCCUCUUGCAUAUAUUCUUCUCCACAUCUCUCCCUUCUCUAACAAUAUUUUUCAAACUUUAAUUUCAUUUUGCUUUCGGAAUUCGAAUUUAAUGGAGGAAAUCUGCAGAAAUUGUGAGCUUUGUAACCUACAAGCUUCUCUUUAUUGUCAUUCUGAUAAUGCUUUUCUUUGUUAUAGUUGUGAUUCCAAAGUUCACUGUGCUAAUUUCCUCGUUGCUCGUCAUCUUCGCUCGAUUAUUUGUCCUACUUGUCAUAAAAUCGAUGUUAAUCAUGUCUCCGGCGCUGUAAUCUCUCCAUCGACGUCUUUCUUCUGCCGUAACUGCUGUCCUGAUAACGGUGGUGAUGUUAUUGAUGUUGAUGAUGAUUAUGAUGAUGACAGAUCGUCGUCUUGUUCUUCUUGCGUUUCAAGCACCGGUGAAGCGGCUGUUGAGGAGAUCGAAUCGACGUCCUCACAGAAGAGGAAAGUUGCCGGAGAGACUGUACGGAAGAGAGAGAAAGGAACUGUGGUGGUAGAUUUGAAAGUUGAGGGUAUUCUUGUAAACUGGUGCAGGAGAAUCGGUUUCAGGGAAGAGAGAGAGAUCGGAAAAGUAGUGAGCAUAGCGGUUGAAAUAAUGAGUGGUUGUUUACGAAAAAUUACGAUUUUACCCUUUCGUGUAUUGUUAGCAGCAUCUUUUUGGAUUUGUUGUCAAAAUUGUGGGGCCCAUAGUUUGUCUACAUGUGAAGAUCUGAAGAAGGUAGAGAAGAUAUCUGGAGUGCCAGCUAAGCUCAUUUUAGCCACGGAGGCUAAACUAUCGCGUGUGAUUAAACGUAGGUGUUCACGUGAAGAUCACGAGGAAGGAUGGGCUGAGUCACUGAGUGCUGAAAUUGCCGAAUCGUAAGUUCAAAUGUAAAAAAAAAGAAAAAUCUAACGAAAAGAAAUACUCCUAUAUAGUGCAAUUCCACUAGUAUGAACUAUGAAAUGAUGACUAGGACAGGAAUUUGUAACUAUGUGGUUCAUAAAAAUUGUGGCACGUUAGAUUUAGAGGCUAAAAAUGCUUUCCUUUAUUUUUUUAUUUGGAAAUGUACUAAUUGAACUAAAUAGAGAAUUAAGGUAUUUUCGAGAUUAUAUUACAUGA